AGGGUUUUAAUGCCCCUUCCAGGCGAACGGCGACCAUUUUCUCCGUCGUUAUCCGUCUUCGGACUCGGCGCACGUUUUCCGGCGAGGUUAACCGGCGAUCGCGAUCACAAUCACUUUUCGCCGGACGAGGGAUUCGGUUUGUGGCAGAAGAGGUCUCUGGUGGCAUGAUCAAUCUCCGGCUUCCGAUCGAUCGACGAGUUUGCGGCAUUUGAGCAAUGCAUCGUGUAGGCAGUGCUGGUAAUGCAUCCAAUUCAACACGUCCUCGUAGGGAGAAGAGGUUGACAUAUGUUUUGAAUGAUUCAGAUGACACGAAGCAUUGUGCUGGUAUCAAUUGUCUGGCUAUAUUAGAGUCCUCAACUCCUGGCGGGUGUGACUAUUUAUUUACUGGAAGUAGAGAUGGUACAUUGAGACGCUGGGGAUUAACUGAAGAUUCUGCCAGUUGUUCAGCAACGUUUGAGUCGCAUGUAGACUGGGUUAAUGAUGUAGUUCUUGCAGGACAGACUCUUGUCUCCUGUUCUUCUGACACUACCCUGAAGACUUGGAAUUCUGAUGGCGCCUGCACAAGAACAUAUCGACAACAUUCCGAUUAUGUCACGUGUCUGUCCUCUGCGGAGAAAAAUAGCAAUAUUGUUGCCUCGGGUGGCCUCGGUGGAGAGGUCUUCAUAUGGGACCUUGAAGCAGCUGCUCAUCCAGUUUCACGGUCUACUGAUGAUACGGAGGAUGAUGCUCCCAAUGGAAUUCUCAGUCCUGGCAGUUCUGUCCUGCCACUAUCUGGCAUGCGUUCUAUUAAUUCAAGCAGUGGAAUUUCGUUGCAUACUGCACAACCACAGGGAUAUAAUCCCCUUGCUGCGAAGGGCCACAAAGAAUCAGUAUAUGCAUUGGCGAUGAAUGAUUGUGGUACUCUACUUGUUUCUGGUGGGACUGAAAAGGUUGUUCGUGUUUGGGAUCCGAGAAGUGGUUCUAAGAAAAUGAAACUGAGAGGGCAUACCGAUAAUAUAAGGGCAUUGCUUGUGGACUCAACUGGCAGAUUUUGCUUGUCUGGAUCAUCUGAUUCAAUGAUACGCUUAUGGGAUCUUGGUCAGCAACGAUGUGUGCAUUCCUAUGCUGUACAUACUGAUUCUGUCUGGGCACUUGUAAGCACCCCAAGCUUCAGCCAUGUCUAUAGCGGUGGGAGGGAUUUUUCUUUGUAUUUGACAGACUUAUCAACUAGGGAGAGCCUUUUACUUUGUAGAAAAGAGCACCCCAUUCUGAAAAUGGCAUUGCAAGGUGACAGCAUAUGGGUUGCUACAACAGAUUCUUCUGUAGAUAAAUGGCCAGCUGAAGGGCGUAACCCUCAGAAGGCUUUUCAAAGAGGUGGAUCGUUCCUUGCAGGAAAUUUGUCGUUUACUAGAGCUAGAGCAUGUUUAGAAGGAUCUACUCUUGUACCUGUUUAUAAAGAUCCUUCAUGCACGAUCCCGGGAAACCCAGGCAUUGUGCAGCAUGAGAUUUUGAAUAAUAGAAGACAAGUCCUGACUAAGGAUGCUGCUGGGUCUGUGAAAUUGUGGGAGAUCACCAGAGGUGCUGUUGUUCAGGAUUAUGGCAAGGUUUCUUUUGAAGAAAAGAAGGAAGAGUUGUUUGAAAUGGUUAGUAUACCUGCAUGGUUCACUAUGGAUACUCGUCUGGGAAGCAUGUCCAUCCACUUGGAUACACCACAAUGCUUUUCUGCAGAGAUGUAUGCUACAGAUUUGAAAAUUCCAGGUGCAUCUGAAGAACAAAAGAUUAAUCUAGCUCAAGAGACACUUAGGGGCCUUUUGGCUCCUUGGUUAUCAAAAAAAAAGCAAAGGCCAGGGUCACAAUCUUCAGCUAAUGGAGAUGUUUCAAUGGCAAAAGAUAUAUCCAUCCGAGGUCAUUCUCAUUCCAGACUGGAGGUUGAUGAUUGUACUGAAAAUCACAGCUCGACAGUCCUCCCAUCAUUUGAGUUCUCAACAACCUCUCCUCCUUCCAUCAUUACUGAAGGUUCUCAUGGAGGUCCUUGGAGAAAAAAAAUUACAGACUUGGAUGGUUCAGAGGACGAGAGCGUGUUGCCAUGGUGGUGCUUAGACUGUGUUUUGAAUGGUCGAAUACCUCCUCGAGAAAAUACCAAGUGCAGCUUUUAUUUACAGCCAUAUGAAGGAACAAGCGUACAAGUCCUAACUCAAGGAAAGCUAAGUGCUCCACGGAUUCUACGGAUACACAAGGUUGUAAACUAUGUUAUUGAAAAAAUGGUGCUUGACAAACCACUAGAAGGCACAGAUGGAGCCUUUGUAUCGGGUGCUGCGGGACAAUUACUUCCGCCUGUUGGGGAUGGCUCUUUCAGAUCGAGCUUGAAGUCAUGGCAAAAGCCCAAGCCUGCUUCGAUUGAGAUUCUCUGUAAUAACCAGCUGCUGAAUCCUGAGAUGAGUUUGGCCACAGUCAGAGCAUACAUCUGGAAAAAGCCAGAGGAUUUGGUACUCAACUACAGAAUGGCACAGAGAUGAAAUCGUGGUACAGCAAUUCCAUUUAAUAUGGAAAAGCUUAAAAGCUUGCUGUUUUUGCAACUUGUGUGGAUUCCAAGCUCUUGUCUGAGGCUUCUCUCAGUAGGGAAUGUAUCAUAACACUGUAAUUAUCUUCCAUGGACAAUGUUGAUCUCACUGAAUUAUUCAUUGUACAUGUCGUUAGAUCCAUGGAACCUGCAUUGCUCUAGGAUUUCUUGUGGGGAAGAGAAAGAACUGUAAUGCGUUUUAUGGGAGGCUCCAGAAGCAUUACCACGAGAGUUUUCAUGGCUACUUGGAUUGUUGAACAGGCAUGGCAAAGUGCCUUGAGUGGUGGCAAGGAUUUCUAAAAGAUGCGUCAGGCUGUCCUGGUGAAAGUGUAUCAUGGGCGCAUCUGAAGAGAAUGUGAGUGCAUUGCUAUGAACGCAGAAAAAGCUUGACUGGGAGCGUUGCCUUCAACAUAUCUGUUUCUGCCCCUUAGAAGGGCUUGGGCUAAUUUUGUGGUUGGAAUGUGAAAGACAAAUCAUGACAUCCAUAUUGGAAUAAACGAAGCUGUGAGCGUAAAGCAAUUUCAUUUCGCAUUUGUAUAA